CGAUGCUUUUCCAACACAUGCACCAAAUAUUUGGAAAGGGUCAAGAGCUGGCUGUUAUCUCCUAUGACGGACAAGAAUAUUCUCUGGCUUAACGGUAUCGCAGGAUCCGGAAAGAGUACCAUCGCUGCUUCCAUAAUGGACUACUGCGACUCAACGUCGCGACUUGCUGCAUUCGUAUUCUUCGUACGGGCGAAGAAUGAGUAUGGUUCCAUUAUUCGGACUAUUGCCUAUCAGUUAGCAGAGUUCAAUCCAGACCUUUCGUCAUGCAUUACUACCGCUGCGGAGAAGCUGAGGGACAUUACCGGUUCUACAUUCAUGACGCAGUUUAAGACACUCCUU